AUGCCUUCCUACACAGUGACCAUUGCUACAGGCAGUCAGUGGUUUGCAGGUACUGAUGACUAUAUCUACAUAACCCUGGUGGGCUCAGAGGGCUGCAGUGAGAGGACACUGCUGGAUAAACCACUCUAUAAUGACUUUGAACGAGGAGCGGUGGACUCAUACGACAUCACUGUGGCGGAGAACCUUGGUGACAUAGAACUUGUGACGGUCGAAAAAAAGAAAUACUGGAUGAAUGAUGACUGGUACUGUAAACACAUCACAGUAAAGACUCCGAUUGGGGAUUACAUUGAGUUCCCCUGCUUUCGCUGGGUGGUGGACGAUAAAGAGGUGGUGCUUCGAGAUGGCCGAGCUCGAUUACCACAGAAUGACAAAACCAGGGUGGCAAAACAGCACAGACGCAAAGAGCUGGAAAUCAGACAGAAGACUUACAGAUGGAAAGAGUGGCACCCUGGUUUCCCUAUGAGCAUCGAUGCUAAAACUCAUAAAGAACUACCACGAGACAUUCAGUUUGACAGUGAGAAAAGUGUGGACUUCACUCUCAACUACAGCAAAGCAAUAGAAAACCUCUGCGUUAACCAGUUCAUGCACAUGUUCCAGUCCUCAUGGGGAGAUUUUGCAGAUUUUGAGCAGAUAUUUGUGAGGAUCAAGAACACAAUAUCAGAAUAUGUGAUGCAGCACUGGAAGGAGGACUUUAUGUUCGGCUAUCAGUUACUAAACGGCUGUAAUCCUGUCAUGAUUCGGAAGUGUACUAAAAUACCAGAUAAGUUUCCAGUCACACAUAAAAUGGUUGCUGACUGCUUGGAGAGAGACCUCACUCUGGAGCAGGAGCUUGAGGCAGGAAACUUGUUUAUAGCAGACUAUGAAGUAAUGGAGGACAUCAGUCCUAAUGCCACUGAUCCCUGCACCCAGCAGUAUCUGGCUGCUCCCAUUUGCCUUAUGUACAAGAACAGUCAAAAGAAAGUUUUACCCAUUGCCAUACAGCUGAGUCAAACCCCAGGGGAAGACAGCCCGAUUUUUGUCCCCAGUGACAGUGAAUAUGAUUGGAUGCUGGCUAAGAUCUGGGUGAACUCUUCUGACUUUCAUGUACACCAGACAGUGACUCAUCUUCUAAAGACACAUCUGAUAACAGAGGUUUUUGGAAUUGCCAUGUUUAGACAGCUGUCUGCUGUUCAUCCAGCAUAUAAGUUGCUGUUGCCACAUGUUCGUUUUACAAUUGCCAUCAACACAAAAGCACGUGAGGAACUUAUCUGUGAGUCUGGACUCUUUGACAAGGCUAAUGGCACAGGUGGAGGUGGCCAUGUAGAACUCGUCCAGAAAGCCAUGAAAACAUUCACCUAUAAGUCAUUGUGUUUGCCCGACUCCAUAAAGGAGCGAGGCAUGGACAGUCAGGAGGAGCUGCCAUACUACUUCUACAGAGAUGAUGGCCUCAGGGUGUGGGACAUUAUUAAAAGCUUUUUAGCAGAUGUGGUGAACAUCUACUAUGACAGCGAUAAGACAGUGCAGGGUGAUGAGGAGAUACAGGCUUUCAUCAAAGAUGUCUGCAGCUUUGGAAUGCAGGAUUUUGACUACUGUGAGUUUCCUAAAUCAGUGCAGACCCGAGAGGAGCUGGUGGAGUACCUGACUGUUAUUAUCUUCACUGCUUCUGCACAGCAUGCUGCUGUCAACUUUGGACAGUAUGACUGGUGUUCAUGGAUCCCAAACGCUCCUCCUACCAUGCGGAAGCCUAUCCCUACAAAGAAGGGAGAGGUGGAUAUAAAGUUCAUAGUGGAGAGUUUGCCUGAUCGUGGACGUUCUUGUUGGCAUCUUGGAGCAGUGUGGGCCCUCAGUCAGUUCCAGGACAACGAGUUGUUUUUAGGCAUGUAUCCUGAGGAACACUUCAUUGAGAAACCAGUAAAGAAUGCCCUGGAGACUUUCCGUAACAAACUGGCAGAGCUUUCGAAAAUCAUUAAGAAUCGAAAUGAGGGCAAGAAGCUGCCUUAUUACUACCUGUCUCCAGACAGAAUCCCAAACAGUGUGGCUGUCUAAGUCUGCAGAUUUGUCAGGUUGUUAAAAGGCUGAUGUGGAAAUAUUUUUCUCCACUGCUAAAUAUAUAUGCUUUAAAUUUACUUCUAUAGAUUUGACCUACUAUUUUUAAUUGUGUUUAGUCAAUUAUGCUAUAACUGGGGGAUCAAUGUUUUAAAUAUGUAUUUUGUUGUUUCAUGAUCUCUAAAUCAAAACUAUUGAAUUAUUUUACCUACGAUUGACUGACUUUCAGGUUGUGCCCAAUUGUGUCCAGUGUUUCUGGUGGGUGCCAGCAAACCACACUCUUGGAAAGAAUGAAGUUGUUAAUACAGAUAAAUUAAUGUUAUUACUAAAUAAAGUAGUAAAAUAAA